CACGGCGCAAGAUGAACUCCGUGGCUCCCCUUGUCCUGCUGACUGUGCUGACCACCGCUGUCGGCAGGUCCGUUGACUUCACGGGGCGCAACCUGACGCACGUCCCGACCAACGCCAUCGCGUCAGACGCGCACACCGUCCGCCUGUCUCACAACAGGAUUUCCCGCCUCGGCUCCGGCUUUAGCUCGGCCCCGCACAUCCGGUACCUGCUUAUCGACGAUAACAGGGUGAACAACUUAUCCCCGCAAACCUUCCAGCCUCUGCGGGACUUGCUGGUGCUGGAUUUGGACAGGAACUGGGUCGUCUCCCUUCGCGACUUCACGUUCUCGACCCUCGCCGCGCUCUCGGAUCUCAUCCUCUCCAACAACCUCAUUUCCGCGGUCUCGCCGCGCGCCUUCCACGGGCUGGCGGGUCUGCAGUUCCUGGAACUUUCCGGGAACCGACUGGCGGCAGUCCCCGCGCAGGCCGUCCGCCUGAUCCCCAGCGAGCGGCUCUCGUUAGUUGCGCUGACUGUGAACAACAUCAGCCGCAUUCCCGGAGACAUCGCCUCUCUCCGCCCGCCCGCCUCCUACCGGCUCCAGGGAAACCCUCUGCGCUGUCCCGAGGAUGAAAACUCCAGCCGGACUGACGUGACUUACUUAGAGAACAGGCCCCGAUGGCCCGUGAUGCAGAGUUACGCCGUCACAACCGAAGGCGUUCGCGAGUUCGCAGGAAAGUUUUUCUUCAUCAAGAGACGGCACGAGCACUUCGGCGUCGCUCCCAACAUCUUCUACGUCCCUGACGGCCACCACAUCAUUCUGCCCCAGGUUCCCGUGCACAUGCGGUUGGAUCACUUCUUCUGGGUCACCCCGAGAGGGCGACACCGGGUCCCCGCCGGCAAAACGCUCACGAUUCCUAGCUUCACGGCGGCAGACUCCGGGCUGUACACGUGCGUGCGGGGCGUCCCGGGCACCAACACGACCGGCCGCAUCGACAUGCUGCUGUGCAUCGACCGGCCGGCAGGGGGCGGGCACGAACGGGAAACAACCGCGGCGCCCCCGCCCGAGGACUCUUCGCCUCCACAGGGCGGUAAAAACGGCAGGGACGCCUGUGCGGGUUCCACAAACCAACCCUGCUGUUUCAACGGGACAAGUUCAACGCCGUUUCGCCCGGACUUCUGUGAUGAUGGAAGCAACAACUCAGACUCGCAAGCAAAGCCCACCCCCUUGUUCAUUGCCGCUGUAAUUGUCGCCAUGCUGGUGCUGUUCUUUCCUGCGGCGGUGCUUCGUUGGAGAAAGCGAGGAAGGAGCGGUGAAAACGCCGCCACCACUGCCGGUGCGACGUUACGCGCGGGGGCACAGGCCAUACCGCUCCACCCCCUGCCUAAGCCGGAAGAAAAUGCCUCUCCAUUCGCACAUCUGAGAGGAACUGAACUAUGGGCGGCGAUGAAACUGGGAGCCACGCAGUACAGCCUACACCGCGUGGCAGGAGCGCCCCCAGCGGACACGAUCGGUACUACAGAAGCUCAGGUUCACCACUACGAGAACGCUGACGCUGACGAGUACGCCUCAGCAGCGCCGCCCCCUCUACCGGGCGACGAGGAAACUGCAGCCGAGCCUGUAAAUACAGCCGUGUCAGAAGAACUACCCGAACCAUCUGCUUUUGAGAGCGGAGAUACCGAAAUUGGCGAGGAAGAUCUGGAAAUGCCUUACGGCAUAGCCGCGGCAAACGCACUGUAUCAGCGAGGAGGGACGGUACCGAACACUUGUACUAGUACUAGUGAUCUCACAAAUGAGCACACGAGUAGCGCUGAUUUGGCUGAGGCAGCAACUUACAGUGCGACAGAUGCCAACCAAACACAACCGUCAGUCGCUGGCUUGUACCGGCAGCAAAAUGCGCACGUUGAGCAGAUUGCAGCAGAGGCAAACACACUGUACCAACAUGCUGAGGGAGCCCUGUGGCACCAGAUGUGCCCUGGUUCCAGGCUACAGCUGCAGGGGAAGGGUUAA